AUUUCAAUGCUAGAUUGUUGGUCUGCUCUUCAUUGCACGCAUGAUGCGUGAAGUUUGAGGCAACAUAGAAAACACUCUAUUUUUCGAAUUUCAACAGUACCAUCUUAAUUUCAGUAUGGAAAAUGAUCAUUUCAAUGAUGCGAUUCCCGUCGGGGAGAUUGACGGAAUGUGGUCGUUUGUGUGUCACAUUGACUGGACUGAACCCUGGCUGAUCUCUCUGAUUUCAUUUCAUCUCUUCUGCCUCAUCAUUACGGUCAUCACCAGGAAAUAUAAUAACUUCCAAAUUAUCCUGUUUCUCAUCAUGUUAUUGAUGAUCUACCUGUCAGAAUACCUGAACCAGUAUGCUGCCAAACAUUACAGAAUGUUCUCCAGAUUACAGUACUUUGAUUCUGGCGGCCUCUUCAUUUCUGUUGUAUACAAUGUUCCUCUACUCAUCAAUUGUCUUGUUAUGAUUUGUAUAUGGCUACACACAGCGGCCCACAUGGUGGUGUCGGUAAAGAGAGGAAAACUAAAGGAAAAGGCAAAAUCAGAGGCAUCAGAAAUAGAGGAUAAGCCAGUGGAGAAGGACACAGAAAGUAAAAAGAAAGACUGAAGAAGAGAUGCCCAAUCCGAUGUUGAGCUGCUUGCUUCAUAUGCAGGACAUCAUCACAGCAUUGAACAGUCGUGGAAGAUGGUUUACCAGGUUUGUGAAGAAUGUCUCUCAGGCUGAGAAGACAUAGGUUGAAGACUGCCCUCUGUGGUCAUCCAUCUGUACAGCAUGAAUGAAACAAUACAAUGUCAAAGAUGGCUUCAAGAUAUAAAAUUGCCUUUAUAAUAUUUUUGUUACUAUGAAAGGUACUAUUUGAUAUACACUGUAUGUGUAUGAUAUACAGAGUUACAGAGAUGUAUGUGUUGUAAUGUGGUUAAAUUGUGCGUACAUUUAUGUUAAAAAGGACCCUUUCUAUUCUAUUUUAGUUUACCCACUUAAUAUCUCAGCAAAACUGAGCUUCGAGCCUACCUGCCUGACCAUUUUAUUUACAUGUAUAACAUUAACCCCCCCCCCCCCCAACCCCUCUAAUAAAAUGUCCAGUCUUUAAUAAUACAUUCCUAAGAAGGCCUUUGCCUUUAAACCUGCCAAGUUAAACUUGAAGUCUAUCAGUCAUUGUUUAUAAUUUUGUCGUUUUGUGCAGAGACUUUCAGUGUUUUUGUGGUUGUUUUGUUCGAUCAUUUUGUUACUUUUGUUAUUUUGUUUUGUAAUUAAAAUGUUAAUGACAUGUACAUGUAGUACCUUUGAUAGACAAACAACAAAAAUAUUAUUAAGGUCUAAGUCAUGAGAGAAUAUGAUAUUUGAAUGGAUUAACAGGUUUUACUGUCCAGUCAUGACAUUCCUAUCACUAUUUGUACAUAGUAUUUAUUGCUAUUUUUCUUAUAACAUUUCUAAUAUUUUUGCUAACAGGUGAAGUCUGGUUAUCAUUGAUUUAAAUGUUCUUGUUUUAGUAUAAGUAUAUAAAGCAUACACCAAAUCAGUUCAAACUAAAAUAGAAUUGCAUGGUAUACUUUAUUUUUUGUUUGUCAAUCUUUGAAAUUGGAAAUACAUGUACAACAUAUCAAAAAUGGUUAUUGAAGGGUCAUUUUCAGUCCUUCUUACUCCUACUCUUAGUCUUAGAUGUAGGUUUUAAAACCCUAAUUUUUGUGGGGAUAAUAUUCCAAAUUUCUUCUGAAGAGCAAUGUCAGCAAUGUCUGUGAACAUGGAGUUCAUUAAUUUAUUAAAUAUGAAUCAUUGAUGCCAAAGAUGUCA